AUGAUGAUGUUCAACACUGGCUGUUUAGUGGAAACAUUCGGCAUUAUUAAUCUGAAUUCAUCACAUAGACUUCAAUUAAUACCCCUAUAUCUUGAUGGCGAAGCGAAGAAUUGGUGGCGAUUAAAUAAAGAUAGCAUUCACUCAUGGCCGGAAUUUAUGAGCAGAAUCUCGAAUGUGUUUAGAAGAUCUGAUCAACACUCACUUUCAUUUCACCAACUGAAUAAUCAUAUACAACGAUCCGAUGAAUCUGUGAUUGAAUACUAUAACACGAUGAUCAAAUUAUGUAAUCAAACUGAUCCGAAUAUGACUGAUACUUCCAAAUUAAAUUAUUUACAAAUGGGUUUAAAGCAGUCAUUACAAAAAGACGUUUUUCGUCGUCAUCCACCAACGGCAUCUCAAUUCUUUCAAGUAGCACAAGAAGAAGAAUCAUUACAAACUUUUGUUCGUAACCAGGCAGCGUUAACUGCCUCGGUCGCUUCCCUCCAGUCCAAAGCUGAGCCAGAAACGUCUGUAUCAUCUGUUCAAUGUUCACCUCAAAAACCAAGUGCUCAUCCAGCACCAUAUCAUCAGAAUUCGUCUGCUACAAAAAGUUACAAUCCUCCUCAUUAUCCACAACCUACUAAUAGAGCACAUACCCCAAAGAAAGCAUCUCCACGCUGUUUUGGAUGUGGUAAACUCGGACAUUUCAUCCGCACUUGUAUUCGACAUCCUCCAAAAAAAGCCUGUCACCGCACAAAUCCUUCGUUGGCAUACAUCGGUGUGUUUCUUCUGGGAAAAGAAUCCGAGCCCUUGUCGAUACUGGUGCUACACAUUCAUUUAUAA